CCAGAGCCUUUUUUUGCCAUAUAAGAGCUUGAGCAUCCCUGUGAAUACAGACACGGCUGAAAUUAUCGAGCAUUUGUCAUUUAUCACAGACACAUUAACGAAGAUUCCCCUCAUUAUUCCAGUGCAGUAUUCCAGGAGAUUUGACAAAAACUGACAAAAUGACCAACGAUACUGAAGUGGAUAUGAAAGAUGUGGAGCUCACCGAGAUGGAGCAGGAGAAGCAGCCCAUGACGGAGGGGGAGGCUGCAAAUAAUCACUCCAUCUCUCCCGUAUCCAAGGAGAAUGGCUUUGUAAAGGUGAAGAUUCCAGAAGAGGAGACCAAAUUCACUGGGUUAUCCAAAGAAGAGCUCAUGAAAGUAGCUGGAACAGCAGGGUGGGUUAAAGUCCGCUGGGUACUUCUGAUCCUGUUCUGGCUUGGUUGGGUGGGCAUGCUGGCUGGUGCGAUUGCCAUCAUUAUUCAAGCUCCUCGAUGCAAGCCCCUCCCUGAGAUGAACUGGUGGAACUAUGGACCUCUGUACCAGAUUGGAGAUGUGAACUCCUUUACAGCGUCUUCAAAGUUGAAAGGUGUGACUGAAAAGCUUCAGGUGAUGGAUGAGUUGAAGGUGAAGGGUCUGAUCAUUGGCCCGAUCCAUGUGUCCAGUGCUGAUGAGCCUGAGAAACUGGAUUUGACCGCGAUUGCUGAAGAGGCUGGUAAUCUGACACAGUUUAAAGAAGUCAUUACUGCUGCACACAGGAGAGGUAUCUCUGUUGUUUUGGACCUGACCCCUAACUAUAAAGGCAAAGAACCCUGGUUUGCCAACACUGUCCGCACUGUGCUCAAACUGGAGUCUGCCUUGGAGCAUUGGCUAAAAGAAGGUGUAGAUGGUUUCCUCUUCUACGGUGUCGAUAAGGUGUUCACUGCAGCCCCGUCCCUUUGGAAUGAUGUCAGAAUCCUUAUCCACAACCGAACGGAAUCAGUGGGAAAAACAAAAAAGGUCUUAAUUGGUGUUACAAAUCAGUCCUCUCCUGAUGAGAUUGAUGCCAUGUUGAACAAAACUGGUGUUGACCUGCUCCUCACUGGUGCUUUAAGAUCCACAUCUGCUAUGGACAUUGCCAAUACUGUUGACUACUUGUAUUCAGCUUACGGUCAGACCAGACUGGCUUGGAACAUAGGUGGUCGUAUUGCUGGACACCUGGCUUCAUUGGUGGGGCGUGCCAAAGUCAAGUUGAAUCAGCUGCUACUGCUCACUCUGCCAGGCACACCGGUCUUUAAUUACGGGGAUGAGAUUGGACUGCAAGAUGAUGAGGGGACCAAAAAUCCAGUCAUGGUAUGGGGUGAAAAGAAUACAGAGGCUGAAAACACUUUCAAGUUCUUCAAGUCUGUGAGUGAAAAACGGUCAAAAGAGCGCUCUUUGCAGCAUGGAGAAUACUUGCCUUUGUUCAACUCGACCUCCGCCAUGGCCUAUGUGCGAAGCUGGGACCAGAAUGAACGCUACCUUAUUGCACUCAACUGGAACACAACAGAAACGGUCACUCUUGAGCUGAAGCAUGCUGAGAUUCCUGAACGUGCUACAGUAGUGCUCAGUACUACUGAUGAUCAAAAUGGUGACGUGCUUAAGCUUGCACAACUAGUGGUGAAGCCAGAACAAGGUUUAAUGCUGAAGUUUCCUUACACUCCCUGAAGACACAUUGUGAACUCCCAAUUAGUGUGAGGAUGUUGCUUUUACAUGCACAAAAGUUUGAUUGGCCAUUCUGUUACAAUAUUUAUAAUUUUUUCGUACAAAAACACUGGUAUAGAUCCUCAGAUAGUACUGUUACAUGCACUGCAUGACUACUAAACUGAACUUCAAGGUGGUUGUGUUUUUAUGUUACUUGGAAUACAUUCCACAGGAAGAAAAAUAUUUGUUUUUAUUUGAAUAAUUUUUUUGUUUUUAAAAUGUACUGCAAUUCUGCACACUAAAAAUUUUGAAAACCUAAUUCUUAUCUUGUAUUUAAUUGGAAAAAGAUGCAUGAAAAUGAAAGCUGUGGACAAUAAAUGAAGUGAUGCAGUUCA